UCAUGAUCCUUACCAAACACAAGAGAGAUGUUAACAUGUUUGUGCUUCAAUUAGGAGCAGCCUUAGCCGUAUCUUUCGCCGGAUUUCUAUUUUCCCGAUUCAGAAAGAAAACGAAUAGAAUCGGACCCACUCUGCCUCCUCUUCGACCUAAGUCAUCUGAUCAUGGAUACAGAGUCUGUUCCAAUAAAUCCAUUGAUAACGGAGAUGCGGAAACGCAGAAGACUAAAAAGGAAGAGACUUUAAGUGAUGUUGAUGAAAAAGAUGUGUUUCUUUUACCUGAGUUUGAAGAGGAACUUAAGAACUUAGAUUUGUUGCUCUAUGAUGAAUGUGAAACCCCAAAGUCGGAUAUAUCAGUUCCUUUAGCGUUUCCGAGCGAAGAGGAAGCUGAUCAUGAGAACGAGAUAAAGCGGUUGAGAAACACGGUGAGAGCUCUGCGUGAGAGAGAGAGGUGUCUUGAGGAUAAGUUGUUAGAGUACUACAGCCUCAAGGAGCAGCAAAAGAUUGCAAUGGAGCUUCGAAGUAGGUUGAAGCUUAACCAGAUGGAGACUAAAGUGUUUAACCUCAAGAUCAAGUCUUUGCAAGCUGAGAACGAGAAACUUAAGGCUCAAUGCUCUGAGCAUUCGAAAGUUGCGUUGGAGCUUGAUUUGGCAAAGUCUCAGGUUCAGAACUUGGAACUCGCUGAGAAGCUGGAGUCUGUUCAAAUCAUAGCAACUUCAAAGCUAGAGGAACCAGAGGAGAUGGAGACAUUACGCGAAGAUGGUAACCGAUUGAGGAGUGAAAACGAAGAGCUGAAGAAGGAGAUUGAACAGCUUCAAGGAGAUCGAUGCACUGAUCUUGAGCAGCUUGUUUAUCUCAAAUGGAUCAAUGCUUGCUUAAGAUAUGAGCUAAGAACAUACCAGCCUCCUGCUGGUAAAACUGUAGCUAGGGAUCUUAGUACUACUCUAAGCCCUAAAUCAGAGGAGAAAGCUAAGCAGCUGAUCCUUGAAUACGCACAUAGCGAAGGGCACGAGGAAGAUAACAACACGGAUUAUGAUCGAUGGUCGUCUUCACAGGAGGAAUCAUCAAUGAUCACUGAAUCAAUGUUUCUUGAUGAUUCCUCUGUUGACACUUUGUUUGCGACCAACACUAAAAAGUCAGGGAAGAAGAAGCUUAUGCACAAGCUGAUGAAGAUCUUGCACGGUAAAGAUACUCAAGAGCGGAAGAAGAGAGGUGGUUCAUCGGAACCGAGCAGCUCAAACACAGGUGCUCAUUCGACUCCUAGGCAUCUCCGAUCAACGCUCUCUAUGGACUUCCAAAUGUUGAUGCGUGGGAAAGACGAGGAGGAGGAGUUCAAGAUGUUGCGUCGUAAGAGCGAAGCAGCAGAUUGUUCCAUCUAUGGAGAAGAAGGAGGUGAACACUGUUUGGAAUCAGAUGAAAUGAGGAAGAAAGAGCUCGUUAAAUACGCAGAGGCGCUGAGGAAAUCUCGUUCCGCAAAGAAGCUUCAUAAGAAAUCUGUGUCGUUCUUCUUC